UCUGAUAUUGACAAUUGCCAAAUCGCCAACAUGGCGGCGGGGAGCGCGACGUCCAUGUUGGAAUAUUGGAAACAGUUCGAUCUACACCAAUUCCAGAAAGAGCUGGACUCUACUGCCACAGAAUUGGCCAACCGCCAGGAUGAGAGUGAUCAGUCCCGCAAGAGACUCAUCGAACAAAGCCGAGAGUUCAAGAAAAAUACGCCCGAGGACAUAAGAAAAGCUGUUGCACCCUUAUUGAAAAGCUUCCAAGCAGAGGUGGAUAACCUGUCCAAAAGGAGCAAAGCUGCAGAGGCUUCAUUCCUCUCUGUCUACAAAAAACUCAUCGACAUUCCAGACCCUGUCCCAGUGCUGGAACACAGCCAGGCCCUGCAGAAGAAGGUACAGCGCGCCCAAGAUGUGGAGGUGGAGAACGAGAAGCUACGCGAAACGCUGGAAGAAUACAACAAGGAGUUUGCCGAGGUCAAGAACCAAGAGGUGACCAUAAAACAGUUGCGGGAAAAGCUGCGAGAAACAGAAGAGAAAAUGGAGUCCCUGGCCCAGGGGCGCGCCAAGGAGAAAGAAAAGGAACUGCAGCGGGCCUUUGCAGAGAAAGAAAGACAACUCCAGGAGACACAGAUGUCAGUUGCUACUAAAUUGGGUGAGGCUGAGCACAAGUCUACAACCCUGCAGAGUGCAUUGGAUUCUACCAAUGCUGAGCUUUUUGAGCUGAGGUCCAAAUAUGAUGAGCUGAACAGUGCAAAGUCGGAUGAGAUGGACAUGAUCAUGACAGACCUGGAGCGGGCCAAUCAGAGAGCAGCUACGGCAGAGAGGGAGGUUGAAACACUGAAGGAACAGCUGAAAUCUGCCAACGAAUCGCUGCAUCUGGCCAAUCAGAUGCAGAAGGCUCCCACCAUGGAACAGGCCAUUGAUAUCAUCACACGGUCUAGUCUAGAGGUCGAGGUGGCUGCCAAGGAGAGGGAGGUUGCCCAACUUGUGGAAGAUGUCCAGCGGUUACAGAGCACCCUGGCCUCCUUACGCGAGUCCACCUCCUCUCAGAUCGCCAAGUUGGAGGACGAGGUCCACAAAAAGACCCUCGCCUUCAAGACACUGGAGGAAAAACUUCAGACACAGAAGGACUACGAAGAAAUCAAAAGGGAACUAAGUAUCAUGAAGUCAACAGAGUUUGGCCAGAGAGAGGAGAGCAGUGACAAUGAGGACACGGAUGGAAAGUCCCUUGAGGUCCUGCUUCUGGAGAAAAACAGAAGCCUGCAGUCUGAGAACACCACUCUGAAGAUGUCCAACAGUCAGCUCACAGGGUCCUCAGGGCGAAGCUUGGAACCCGCGGGGAUGGUGGGCCUCUCCGCCCUGGACCAACAAAAUGUGCUUGCUUUCACCACAAUGCUUGGUGAGGAAAUAGCCGCUUCCUUCCAGAACGGAGCGGUCAAUCACGAUAAAAAUUCUCAGGACGGGAAACAAGCGGCGAGCAGCAACGGCAACUCAAGCCGCGUGGUUGUUUUGCCGGCAAACGUGCCGCUGGUCGGAGCGAACGUGACGACGGCUACAGCGUCUUCUGGAACAGAUGACCUUGACACCUGGGAGAUAGCCAGGCAAGUGAAGGACCUUUUGCUCCACAACAACAUUGGCCAGAAGGUGUUUGGUCAGCAUGUUCUGGGCAUGAGCCAGGGAUCGGUCAGCGAGAUCCUGUCCAAACCUAAGCACUGGUCAAGACUGACCUCCAAAGGAAGGGAGCCGUUCAUCAAAAUGUACUCAUGGCUGCAGGACAAAGAAAAUAUAGCCAAACUGAAGGCAGCUGAGGGCAGGGACAGAGGUGUGUAUGAUCCGGUGCGACCUAACCCAUCUGAAUCCGAUGCUGCCAUUGCCAUGAUUCUGGAGCGGGCGCGGCAGGAGAUGGCGGCGCAGCAAGCACGUGCAAGAAUACCCCCUCCCCUCCCUCUGUCCCCCCUGACCAGAAUAAGUCCCGUCCCCUCCUCCCCCCUCACGACGUCCAUCCCCCAGCACAUGUCCCCCCUCCUCCCCAGUUCUCCUACCCUAGCACAGUCUACAGAGCUCCAACUUCCCCGGCACCCACCCAUAUCGGUGGCCUCCAUGAAAGACAGUUUACACGUCACACCUUCUCACACAGUUGUAGCAUCGACUUCAGUUGUCUCCACCGCACCCACAGCCACGAAAUCAACGUUGAACAGCGCCGAGACGAUCCUUCCUGUUUCCUCGGCGCGGCAGAUCUCAUCAAUAUCCGCAAUGUCGUCGCGUUUGAUGUCGGUCGCGGCCACGCGAUCGCUGUCACCAGAACCAGUGCCUAGCUACACGACCAUUGCAAACUUUGCCGGUAUGUCGCACCCCUCCCUCCCUACCAUCUCUUCACUCAACAAACCGCCACGCACCGUGCCUCCGCCACUCACGUCGGACCAGUACCAGAAGUUUAACGACAUAGACACCAUGGAUCUGACCAGGAAAAUCAAAGACACGCUGGCGAGGCUGGCCAUUGGACAGAAGGUCUUCGGGGAGAAGGUCUUAGGUCUCUCACAAGGAAGUGUCAGUGACAUGUUAGCGCAUCCCAAACCGUGGUCCAAGUUGACACAGAAGGGAAAAGAGCCGUUCAUCAGAAUGCAGCUGUGGUUGGAAGAGGUGGAGCACACUGGAGGGGAUGCCAUGGGUAUGACAUCAAUAAGGAACAACACCCCGAGAUUGACAGAGCCCAGACCAGAGAUGGUCCUACCCUCCUUACCUACCACAUGUAGCAGUAGACUGGCCAGUACCAGUCCACCCGUCACUGUUGCCACUCCAAAACACGUGCCACCCCCCGUCAACAAGAGGGUCCCUCCCGAGUCCAAACCAAUGACCAUACAAGAACUUGUUGCCCUCUCCCCCGACCUGGACACAUACGCCAUCACCAAGAGAGUGAAGGAGGUUUUGAUGGAGAAUAACAUAGGACAGAGGCUGUUUGGUGAGACCAUUCUGGGCCUGACGCAGGGGUCAGUGAGUGACCUACUGUCCAGGCCUAAGCCAUGGCACAAGCUCAGCUUAAAGGGUAGAGAACCCUUCGUACGCAUGCACCUGUGGCUGAGCAACCCAGAAGCCAUUGCACAGGUCAAGGCCAUUAAGGAAGAAGCCAAAGCACAUCGCCGUCGUCACUCCACCUCCAGUCUAUCUGACAGCAACUCUUACGAUGGCCCACACCACAAAAAGCAGCGAGUUGUUCUCUCACCUGAAGAAAAGGAGGCCCUGAGAAAGGCGUACGAGCAGGAACCGUACCCGUCCCCCAGCACCAUCGAGUACCUGGCCGCCAAACUCAACCUCCGACCCUGCACCGUGACCAACUGGUUCCACAACUACCGCUCGCGUCUGCGGCGGGGCUCCUUCAACGAGACCCACCAUCAGCAGGAGCAGCAGCAUCAGCAGCAGCUGCAGGCAGCCAUCAGCGAACUGCAUCAGCAACAGCUGCAGAUGUUGACCAUCAACCUUCCAGCAACCCCGAACGACCUCCCCACCAUGGUCGUCAUCAACCAAGAUGGCGCCCUGAACCUCAGCAGUAGGGACAGCGCUCCCAGUCUCUCCGAAACUGUUGUCGUAGCAACGGCGGGAAACGGCCAGAAUCAGGAACAUUCCGUGAAGACUGAGGCCAGGGAGUGGGACAGCCGCAGUAGAGACAAUGGUCUGGGACUGGCCGAAAGACACGGUUCGGAAAACUCUGAGACUGUCGUGUGUAAGACAGAAGUGGACAGUUGGAGUGACACAGAGGAGAUGGAGGUGGAGGAAAGCAACUCUCACAGCAGCCAAGAAAUGAUCCUGCCGACUGCGAAACAGGUCGUGGCCGUAGGAAGGGUGGAUAACCCCUCGCCAGGCAGCCCUGCGGACCUGACGCCGCUAGUGUCUAUUAACCAGGAUGGCGUUCUGAACCUGAGCAGCAGAGAGGACGCAGACGACAGCUCACAAGGCAGCCAGAUUACUGCUGUCAAGAGGCUGGAGAACAGCAUCAAGGAGGAGGAAGAGAUGGACCAGACAAACAGAUAUACACACACUAUUAUGUUGAUAGACAUGCUUGCCCCCCUCCCCACAGCUCAGUUCAAUGACCUUCAGGGGCAGUACACUGAAGCUGUGAGCACCAUGCAGGGACAGAAACAACUCAUCACUAAACUAGAGGCUGACCUGGCCAGUGUCAACACCAUCUCAACACUUUACAGAGGGGAGGGAGAGGGCUCUGCUAGUCCAAACAUCACCUCCGAGCUUGUUGCCGAGGCUACCAGAGAGGCUACAGCGAAGAGUCAGGACGGCGCGCCCUCCAGCACGGAGUCGCUCCUGUCGAUCGUGUCCAGUCAGAGGGAACGCUUCCGCCUACGCAAUCAGGAACUGGAGGGGGAGAACCGUCAGCAGCAGCAGCAUGUACAGAUGUUGCAGAAUGAGCUGGACAACCUCAGGUCUGACAACGUCAAGCUGUAUGAGAAAAUCAAGUUCCUGCAGAGCUACCCAACCAAGGCCAUGACAGCCACAGAUGACACAGAGAGUCGAUACUCCAGCCAAUACGAAGAGAGGCUUGACCCUUUCUCUUCCUUCAGCAGAAAGGAACGGCAAAGAAAGUACAUGAACAUGAGUCCAUAUGACAAAGCAACCCUCAGUAUGGGACGUGUCAUCCUAUCCAAUAAGAUCGCUCGAACCAUCACCUUCUUCUACACCCUAUUCCUGCACUGUCUGGUCUUCCUGGUUUUGUACAAGCUUGCCUACACUGAGAGCUGCAAGAGGGACAGUGCUGCUGACUGUUAUCAGAAGUUUGCUGAACACAUGCAGCAGUUCCAUGAAGACCCACACCAGGGCUGAUCUUCAGUAUUAUUGUUUAGGUUUAUAAAAGUGAUGUGGAAACUAUCCAAGGUCAAUGACUAUUGCCUAAAAUUGAAGGUAGUGAUAUGAAUGUUGAACGAAAAUGAAUUCAAACUACAGAACAGUAUAGGGAUUCCAACAUAUUAGAAUUACAUAGGGUUAUGGCACCCAUUCCUUAGUUUGAAAAUUUAUAGAGCAGUUAACAAACUAUCUACACAAGUGGGCACAUUGUACAAUUGUUUUAUGUUUCACCUACACCUCUGAUAACCUAAAACAUAUUUUAAUACAACCGGUGCAAUGCGUUAAACUUUUGAAUAAGUAAGUUCAAGAUUGACACUUACAUGUAUGUGAGCAUGUGUUUUAAACAUUGUUCCCAAUUAUUUACUUAGACUUGUACUCAAGCAUUCUAGUGGCUUGUUAUCAUCUUCCACUAUAUAAUUAUAUUUACCUAGCUUUGGAGUGCAGGGAAAAUGUUGUAGUAAGACUUGAUGUGUGUGGUAUGUUAGGUCACUUUCUAUAUAUCAGACAGUAUCACUUAGUCUUAUUUAUUAUUACAGGUAAAGCAGAAUUUAAAACGCAGGUGUUGGGGACAUUUUUGUUGCUUUUACUGAUGAUAGCAUAAUGCCAUUUCA